AAGAUCCUCAACCGAUCAUAUUUAACUCUACAUUUAAUUUCGGUAUAGAAGACAUUGCGCUUUUUGCCAUCAUGGGCUCCCUGAAAAUCGCAUUUAUAAUUAGUUUUACUUUAUGCAAGUACAGGAACAGGAGCUAUUUAAUCUUUCUAUAGCACCAGCCUGGCAAGAACUGCCCCAGCGGCAACACACCAAAUGAAAUCCUAAACCAAAAACUAAAAAAUAUGGUCUUCCCAGUUUAGAGCGCCUGCGUGGUGAGAAAAGCUGCCGAAUGCCAGCGAUAAACAGCCGGCGAAACGCGCGCCAAUGUCAGAACAACAGGAAAAUUGCAAUAACAACCACAACGACAACAACUUCGCCUCUAGUUCAAGUUCAAUGCAACAACAACAGCCAGCAGCACGUGACGCAAAUGUAUAAAACCUGCCACAACAAUAAAGAGUGCUAACAGAGCUGUUAACUUGGCCAACAGCAGCUGCCGACUGCCGUUCAUUCGGACGGUUUCGGUAGCCCGCUUUCAGGGGAACGAGCCGGAGACGUCAGAAUGUCGCGGCAUCUCAAACGAAUCGGACGCGAAAUGCAGAAAUCGACGGAAAACUCGGACCCUCUGAUCAGAGUGCUUUUUGGAUAAUAUUUCAUGCGCUUUCGUACUAAGUAAUCGGAAUAACCGCACGCGAAUGUGUGAGUUCGUCUUGCCGAAUGCUCGAACGCGACUGGAACGUGAUUUCUGAAAUAUUGAUGAUCUGUCAGUGUAUAUGAAUAAUCUUUGAUUUGAACUGCAUCGAUAUGUCAGAACAUAAAUUUUUAAAUGUUGAAUUUGUUCGAAAAAAGUUGUACGAAUAACGCUAUUGAAAAAAGCAUUUGUUUAAAAAUUUAAUAUUCUGAAAUCGUUUUCCUCUUAAACGUUAUUCUAACAAUUAACUCUGUUCGACUUAAUUUUUUUGACAGGUCAUAAGAUACAUUUUUUUUAGAGUUUUGACAAUUCAUAUGAGGUGAUUUAUUAAAGCAAAUUUAUGAAAUCGAAGAAAUACCUGUUCAGGUGUAAAAAAAUACCCAAUUGCUUUGUCCUGAAAUCUUCAGAAAGUUUUGAUUAGAUGUUCGUCAGCUUGCAAAAAUGUGCCCCCUCACUAACAGAAAGCACAAUUUAAAAUUUCAUUAUUAUUUCUAUAAUAAAAAUAUGAGGUAUACAUUUUCACAGCCGAAUAGGCUUUUUGGGCAGUGUUUCAAAUGAUUUCAGAAAUUAAUGUUUUGUUUGUGAUAUUUAUAGAACUGAAAAAGUUCGUUGAGAAAAUAAUUUAGGAUACGCAAAAUAAUUAUUAACUAAUCGGUUUUGAAAAACGAAGGCCAUUUUUACAACAAGUGAAAUUCGCAAAAAGUCGCGGUACAACAAGUGCAACGCAUCAGAGCAUUGAGAACAACAAUAAUAUUUUUAAACAAACCAAGCAUUUUGUUACUUAAACUUGACGGCACCCAAUAAAAUGUAAUAUUUAUCUACAGCAUUACAUUCAACUUAUUCAAAACCAAAACGUAGUGUAACUGUGUUUGUAAAAUAGUGUUUAAAAUGUACGAAUCCAAUUGCUCAACAAAAACAACGCAAGGCAGAAUACCCUGAAUAAGGCGACAACUUUAUUGCCGGUCCAUUUUCAAGGGAUAGAAGUUACUAAUCUAUCGGAUAAUAAGCACGAGACAAAAGGAGGGGUUAUUUAAGUUCUGGAAAAACUAAUAUUUCCUAAAGCUGCACCCAAUACUAGCGACCUCACAUGCGAGAAAUGAUGAUGAUGAAGCCGACGUCGAGGGUCUGGCAACAGGAAUCGGAAGUAGAGCAACGAAAACAACAUAAACAACUUAAACAACGCUGCCGAACUGACAGAGCAAACAUAUUAGUGGCUUACGCCGUUAACAGUGAUAAUAACGAUGGCAACCACGGGGAGGCGCAUAAUCAAAACAACGACAGCCAAAACAGCUCUAUGAAUUUGAGCACAUCCGCCUUCCGACGGAGAAAACCACAACAGAAACCCCGGGAUGCCUCCACUGGACCGCACUUCUCCGCCUCCCAGGGGACAAUGGCGCUCGUUCUCCUUUCAAUUUCUGCCCUGACAUCGUCCGCCAAUGUCUCCAGCACUACAACCCAUCUGUCCAUCAACGGCAGCGGCAACGGCACCGAUUACAUACUGCUCCUUGGAGACUCCACCACUCCCCUGGCUCCUGCCCAAACUACCGGGCUCUCCGGGGUCGGAAGUGGGGGCGACAUCGAGGACGAGGAGGAUGCGGAAAAGGCCAGCGAAUACAUCUUCGACCGCACCGAUGUGCGCAUUGUAUUUAUCACCCUUUACACGUUGGUGUUUUGCUGCUGUUUCUUUGGCAACCUGCUUGUUAUUUUGGUGGUCACAUUAUCGAGACGACUGCGCUCAAUCACCAACUUUUUUUUGGCAAACUUGGCGUUUGCGGACUUCUGUGUGGGUCUCUUCUGUGUGAUGCAGAACCUGUCCAUCUAUCUCAUAGAGAGCUGGGUGUUUGGCGAGUUUCUGUGUCGCAUGUACCAGUUUGUACACUCGCUGAGCUAUACGGCAUCGAUUUUCAUCUUGGUUGUCAUCUGCAUGGAGCGUUAUUUCGCCAUCGUGCAUCCCAUAACCUGCAAACAGAUCUUAACUGCGGCCCGUCUAAGGAUGGUUAUUGUCACCGUUUGGAUUACCUCGGCAGUCUACUCAACUCCCAAGUUUGUUUUUAGCAAGACCAUUAAAAACAUUCACACGCAGGACGGUCAGGAGGAGGAAAUUUGUGUGCUGGACCGCGAGAUGUUUAAUUCGAAAUUGUUGGACAUGAUUAACUUUGUGCUUCUCUACGUUAUGCCGCUAUUGGUGAUGACGAAAAUAGGCUGUUUAGCCGCCAUCAAAUUUGUACCGUUUAAAUUGGGAAAAACUCUUUUACUUCAAAUAAAUCAAGCCAUCUUCUGUUUAUAUAUCAACAUACAUUUUUUUAUUAACUUACGUAGGCUUACGAUUUUUAAUCGUCAAAAUCAUCAAGAGAUUAAAUUAAAUCAAGUUUCCGGCGAAUUGUUAAGAUUUAUAGUUGAUUGCAUGUAUGUGUUUCUAGUGCUAUACAGCAAAAUCGCCAUUGCAUUGUGGCGCAGUUCGAGGGGCCUCGCGCCGCAUGUGGUGCAGCAUCAGCAGCCGCAGCAGGCAUCUUGCCAGGACAGCGGCAUGGGCAUGCACAACAGCAUGUACCACCACCAGCACCACCACCACCACCAGCACCACCAGCUCCCAACCGCCGCAUCGGCAGGAUCUGGACCUCUGGCCGGAGUGGGAAUGGGUGGCGCCGGCUCGUCACUCGCUUCCGGCGGCAGCAGCACCACGUCCUUGUCCCGAAAACAGAGCAGCAAAUAUGAGAAGCGCGGCGUCAGCAUCACGGAGAGUCAGGUGUCCCUGGAGGCCGAUCGUCCCAUUGUUAGCGCCUGCCGCAAGACGAGCUUCUACCACCACUCCCACGCCCAUCACCAGCGGUCGGGCACAGCCGCGGGGGGCGGUGGGGUCGGCGGGGGCGGGGCCGGAGCCACCCACAUGUCCCACUCGUCCAGCAACGUCCUUCGGGCCCGGCGCGGCGUCGUCCGUAUGCUAAUAAUAUUCGUGCUGACAUUCGCCCUCUGCAAUCUGCCGUAUCACGCCCGCAAAAUGUGGCAGUACUGGUCACGUUCGUAUCGCGGUGAUUCCAAUUUUAAUGCGCUACUAACGCCGCUCACCUUUCUGGUCACGUACUUCAAUUCGGGCGUAAAUCCCCUUCUCUACGCCUUCCUCAGCCGCAAUUUUCGGAAGGGCAUGAAGGAGCUGCUGCUCUGCUCCUGGAAGAAGGGCAAGGGCAAGUCGUCCUCCAACUCCUCAAUGCACCACAAGCGCAAGGCGCUGCAGACCCACUCGCUGCCCACGGACACCACGCACAUCGGCAACGAGCAGCUAUGAUGGCCCGGCGGCUGGAGGAGGCCCCUCAUGCUCUUCGGGCGGCGCUCCUAGGACCCAGCCCCAAGCACAGCCCAUCGAAGGAUGCACCCACUGGUGGGUCGUUAGGCGCUAGCUAGCUAUUGUUUUCGAUUGAUUGUGAUUGCGGAACGCCUUUUGCUCUGGUCGAAUCGGCAUCGAAGCGGAAGUAUCUCCAGUCGGUGACAAGUUUUAUUGAUAGAGUAAGCCAAUUUUUAAGCGAAAACAAAAUAAAACCAAUUUGCAUGCUUGCUUCCUGGGGAGCAUGGACGUCAACUUCUUAGUGUAUAUAUAUAUGACGAAGUGUGAACCACUAUGAACAAAUAAAGAGAACAGCAAACAUCA